UGCUCCUGCUUCCACACGCAGCCACAUCCCAACAGCCUCUAUCAGUAUGGAGUACCAGGAGGCCCUGGUGCUGAAGCAGCUGGCAGAGAAGAGGGAGCACAAGCAGGAAGUUCUCCACAAGGUGCGUGAGGAGAACAACAACUUUAGCAAGAAGACGGAGGAGAAGCUCUUCCUAAAGAUGGAGGUCAACAAGGAAAACCAGGAGGCCCAUCUCAAUGCGCUGAAACAGCAGCUGUGUGAGCCUAAUGAAGUCCACGGCGCCGAGGCGCCCAGGAACUAUGAGCUGAGGAUAUUUUCAACACUAAGGCAGCAGAUGCUACUUUUGAAAAUCUUCUUGUGUGUCAAAGUUUCCCUGUUGUUCAGUAUUCACCAAUAUCACCAGUGCACCUUUCAAGACUCAAACUAG